UUAUAAAAAAAAAAGAAAAAAAAAACCUCUGUCUGUCUCUCUCUGUCUCUCUCCUUCAAGUCUUCAACGUCAACAACAUAAGCUAAACAAUUCCACAAGCACCUCGCACACUGAGACUCUUCCUCUUCAAAGCCUCUCAAUUCAAUUCAAUUUCCUCAGUUUUUGUUUGGUUGAUCACACUUAUGAAGAACAAAAAUCACUUUCAUGAGUGAUUUGUAAAAUCACAUCCAUACACGGCCUUGUUUUUGUUUUUAUAAAGUUAUGGCUUCAACAAACUCAACAGCUCCACCACCACCGCCUCCACAGCCGCCAGCGCCGCUACUGCCGGCAGUUGACCCGUCUUCUUCGACAAACGACGACGUCGCAGCGAAGGCCGUGAACAAGCGAUUCGAAGGUCUGAUGAUGGUGCGAACCAAGGCUAUAAAAGGGAAAGGAGCGUGGUACUGGGUUCACUUAGAACCCAUUCUUAUUAAGAACCCGGAUACUAAUCUCUCUAAAGCUGUCAAACUCAAGUGUUCGUUAUGUGACGCCGUUUUCUCCGCGUCAAACCCUUCAAGGACUGCCUCCGAACACCUUAAACGCGGCACCUGCCCCAAUUUCAGUGCCAUUUUGAGAAGCAACCAUUCUCUCUCUCCGUUACCGUUGUCUUCCUUGGCUUCGUCUUCUGUUGUUCAUGUUAAUAACAAUUCUAUGAACAGUCAUAAUAACAAUAUUAACAGAAAGCGAAGUAAGAACCAAACGGAAACAGGUAACUCUUCUCAUUAUCACCUACUUAGUAGCAGCAAUUCACUAGCGAUAGUUGAGUCAACUCGUGGUUGUAAUGAACUGAGUUAUUCUCCAAGUAAUGCUGGGCAGACUCAGCAACAUUUGGUUCUAUCUGGUGGAAAAGAAGACUUAGGAGCUUUAGCAAUGUUGGAAGAUAGUGUUAAGAAGCUAAAGAGUCCUAAAACUAGGCCUGGUCCUGUGCUAAGCAAGGACCAGAUUGAUUCAGCCGUUGAAUUAUUGGCUGAUUGGUUUUAUGAUUCAUGUGGUUCGGUUUCCUUUUCGAGUCUUGACCAUCCUAAGUUCAAGGCCUUUCUUAAUCAGGUGGGUUUGCCGUUAGUGUCCCGUAGGGAGGUUUUGGAGACUAGACUUGAUAGCAAGUUUGUUGAGGCUAAAACUGAGUCAGACGCUCGAAUUAGAGAGGCUAUGUUUUUUCAACUUUCUUCUGAUGGGUGGAAGAUUAAAAGCUGUGGUGGUGAAGAUAAUUUAGUCAAGUUUACUGUUAAUUUACCUAAUGGGACUAGUGUGUACCAGAAGGCUGUGAUUACUGGAGGAUUGGUUUCGUCUAAGUAUGCAGAAGAGAUUUUAUGGGAGACAGUGACCGGAAUAUGUGGGAGUGGUGUUCAGAGAUGUGUAGGGAUAGUUUCUGAUAAGUAUAAGGCUAAGGCAUUGAGGAAUUUAGAGAUUCAGAAUCAGUGGAUGGUUAAUCUGUCUUGUCAGCUUCAGGGUUUUGUUAGUUUAAUUAAGGAUUUUAGCAAAGAUCUUCCGCUUUUUAGGACUGUUACUGAGAAUUGCUUGAGGAUUGCGAAUUUUGUAAAUAAUAAAUCACAGAUUAGGAAUAGUUUACGGAAGCAGAAGAUGCUGGAGCUUGAGUAUGUUGGCUUGAUUCGAGUUCCUUCCAGCAAAUGUGAUUGUGAAAACAACUUUGUACCUGUUUUUGCAAUGUUGGAAGAUAUAUUAAAUUCUGCCGGUGUCCUUCAAAUGGUUGUGUUGGAUGAGUCGUUUAAGUUAAGUUGCAUGGAUGAUCCAGUUUCUAGGGAGGUUGUUGGGCUGAUUCAAAGUGAGGCGUUUUGGAAUGAACUGGAGGCUGUUUAUUCCCUUGUGAAGCUCAUUAAAGGAAUGACUCAAGAGAUUGAGGCUGACAGGCCUUUGAUUGGACAAUGCCUCCCUCUUUGGGAGGAGUUGAGAUCAAAAGUCAAGAAUUGGUGUGCCAAAUUUGGUAUUUCCGAAGGACCUGUUGAGAAAAUAGUUGAAAAAAGAUUUAGAAAAAACUAUCAUCCAGCAUGGUCAGCUGCCUUUAUUCUUGACCCUCUAUACUUGGUGCGGGACAAUAGUGGAAAAUACCUUCCCCCAUUCAAAUGCUUAAUGCAAGAGCAGGAAAAGGAUGUGGAUAAGCUCAUAACCCGUCUUGUCUCAAGGGAAGAAGCUCAUCUUGCAUUGAUGGAGCUCAUGAGAUGGAGAUCAGAAGGCCUAGACCCACUCUAUGCUCAGGCUGUCCAGGUUAAACAGAGAGAUCCUAUAACCGGAAAGAUGAAAAUUGCAAAUCCCCAGAGUAGUAGACUUGUCUGGGAAACAUGCCUUAGUGAGUACAAGUCAUUAGGGAAAGUUGCAGUGAGGUUAAUUUUCCAACAGGCAACCUCAUCUGGGUUUAAAUGUAAUUGGUCCUUUAUGAAGUGGGUUUGUGUGCAUAGACACUCACGAGUGGGCCUUGAGAGGGCUCAGAAGAUGAUAUUUGUUGCUGCUCAUGCCAAGCUUGAAAGACGGGAUUUCUCUAAUGAGGAAGAAAAGGAUGCAGAGCUCUUUGCUACAUCAGGCUAUGAGGAUGACAUGCUCAAUGAAGUCUUUGCUGAUGCAUCAUCCAUACAAUAUAAGGUCAUCUUCUACAAUCCGCUGGUAGAUGCCUUCCUGAUAAAUCACACUGCUUACAUUUUUUGAAAUGACCAGGGCUUGCCUGAACCGGUUGGGAAAAUGGCAAAUCAGACUUGGUUUUUGACGUGGGUCAACCUCGGAAGAAAUGAAGAGCAGAUCCUUGUUGCCGAAGCAGCACUUCUUGGUGUAUAUAACUCAGCUGAAUCACCUAAGGUGUCUGUUUCUAAAACGUGGAGCCCCACCAGUCGAAGUGGAUGUCCAUCUCAGUGCUUUAAUUGUCAUAGUCAAAGAAAAGUGAGGACAAGGGGGCCUUCUUUCCCAUCAUUUCAUUGCUUUUAAUAUUUAUCUAUUUGUUUAUUGUUUUGUGCUAGGCUUAUAGCACAUCAAAUCCAGUGACUUCUUUUUUCAGUAGUAAAUAAUUUUGACAUUUUGACA